CAUCAGCAGUAGAGUAGAGUAGAAGGCUAUCUGUGUAUGUGUCUGGCUGGAGUGUCGUAGGCUUGAGCCGGGGUAAAAUCCCACGGGAGAUUAGAGGGGGAACACGCGCUAGUCCGGAUUCUUUAGAAAUGGAAGCCCUAGGAGAGAGCAACAGACAGGCGAAACAAAUGCAUCCGUAAUGAAGAAUGGAUGUAUGUUGUCUCAUGGAAAACCUGCACGCUGUCUCUCUCUCUUUUUUUACCCUCCUUGUUUUCUCUUUCCAUCUGUCUUCGACAAGCUAACUCCUCCCUCCCUUCCUCCCCUCCAUCCCUUUGCUCCGCUCCUCUCCCUCUCUCUCUCUCUCUCUCUCUCUCAUACUCUCUUGCGCUCUCUCAGUGGAGGAAUGUAGAUAGAGGCUGAGUGUACGCCCGCUGCUCUGCACAAUAUCAACGGCUCGCUCUACAGUGUUGGUUCGCUCAUCAGAUGCUGUUUAGAACGGAUUUGUACUGCUAACGGAUUUGACCGUCCGAUAACUCUGCACCUGCCACUGCCUCAUUGCCGGGUUUAUUUUUCAGCUUGCACAUACCAGGAUUUGUGCUGCAUGUCCCUUGCUCCCUAAAGGAUGCUAUAAAUCAGCAGAAGCUUUGGUCGUGGAAAAAGGGACAUAUUGCUUCACGAUCAACAUCAAGUCCUCCUCCGUGAGGGAACCAGCUUUCUCGGAUAUGUAUAGCUGACUCAGUGCUUGAAUACAAGAUUGUGAAAUAGAUCAAGACCUUGAAAAAUGAAUUGGUGAGAACAAGGGAGCCAGAGAGGAAAAAUAUGAGCCUGUUUUUAACUUUUACUGAACUCUACCUUCAAAUAUGUCAGUGAAUGGACGUACGAGAUUGGAGGAUAAAUCUAGCUGCCGUGUCAUCUGCAAAAAGAGGGAUUUGAUAAUCUGACGACAGAGAGUGCUGCUGCAACGGUUGGUGCUCGGAGUCAACAUGCAGAUGAUUUUACUCCUCCCUUUCCUUCCACCUUCUUUGCUCAGCACCUUUAUUUAAUAUUUGUACCAUUUUGGUGAUUUUACGGCAAACUGGAAAUCAUCUGGACGUACUGAUGGAACUGGACUAAAGGACAGUCCUUUUUACUGGAUUCUGCAACCACUGAGAUUUCUACCUCCGGAAUUCUACUGGGUGUAUUCGCUUGUCUGAUUGUGAGUGUGUGUAUGUGUGUUAUUUGUGUGUGGAUGUGAUGUGUCUGCCUUGAUGUGUACAUAACUAUUUCUGUGUUUUUGCAGUUGUGGUUUACUUUGCAAUUUUUUUCAAAUGUCUGGCAUUACUGGCCAGUGUUUCGCCUUGUGCUGUCCCAGUCUGCCGAGUGCCCGGCCUUGGGGUUAACCCUUACCGUGCCGCAGGCAAGAUGAGUGACAGCUCUGGAACAGUGAACAAUUUGGGGGCUAUGGUACUGGAGGAGCCUGAAGGGAGAGGUGGCUCCGGUGGACGUGAACAAGCCCAGGCCCCUGCUCGUGGUGGCAUUUUAAGGUGUGGGAGCUGUGCCCUUUGGCCUCGCCAACAGACUUGGCUCUGCGUGGUUCCACUUCUCAUUGGCUUCAUAGGCCUGGGGUUGAGUCUAAUGCUGCUGAAAUGGAUCGUAGUGGGUUCUGUGCGGGAUUACGUGCCUACUGACUUGGUGGACGUCAAGGGUAUUGGCCAGGACCCCAUCUUUCUGUCCAAGCCUAGCACUUUUCCUAAGGGAUCUGACACCACCACCACCACAACCACUAUUGGAGGGGUCAGCUCGGUCAGCCCCACCGUCACCACUGUGGUGCGGAGCAGGACUCGAACGGAAACUCCUCCCAAUGUUCCCCCAAGAGGUGGUAGUGCAUCCGGCAGCCAGGUGACACAGAAGAGCCCAUCUACACGCUUUGUCACACGUAAUCCCACCUUAACAACCACCUUGGCAUCUUCCACAAUGUCUACUGUCCAUACGUCCACCUCCAGCCCCUCUCCCUCCAACCCUGCCAUUCUAAACGACUCCACCCAAAUGUGGACCAGAGAGCAGUCAUCCACUGAGAGGCAUGUGACCACGCCUGGUCAAACCCACGUCAGCCGCAAGACACCAUCACCAACUCUACCGCCUUUGAAAUCGGAGCAUUUCAAGCCAUGUCAGGAGAAAGACCUGGCCUAUUGCCUGAAUGAUGGGGAGUGCUUUGUCAUCGAGACCCUGAGUGGCCCACACAAACACUGCAGGUGUAAAGAGGGUUUCCAGGGCAUUCGUUGUGACCAGUUCCUGCCCAAGACUGAUUCCAUCCUGUCUGAUCCAAUGGAUCACUUGGGCAUUGAGUUCAUGGAGAGCAAGGAGGUGUACAAAAGACAAGUGAUGUCUAUCACGUGUAUUGCCAUGGGGAUCAGCUUUCUAGGCACCCUCUGCAUAGCUCUCUACUGUCGGAACAAGAAAAGAAGGGAAAAGCUCCAGGCACACUUAAAAGAGAGCCGUAGCCAGAAAAACUACAACCUCACCUCGUGCAGCCUGGCCCCUACACCCAGCCUUAGGCCUCAGCAAAGCCUUCAGCUACAGAAAUAUUAUAAACCCACAAGGUCCUCGCCACCACAUGUUCGAGAGUCUAGUUUCGUUCAGAGUACUGCUGCCUCUACCAGUCCACAGGGCACAUUGACAGGAAAACACCCCAGGAGCGGUUCCCUCUCUCAUAGUCCAGAUCAGAGGAGUCGUUCUGCUUUUCGGCCUACAUCUCGCAGAACCCCACCCAUAACCAAAGGAUGUCUCAAUGCCAUUGGUGGAUCAAGAGAUUCUGGUCCUGCCUACCAACAUCUCCACGAAGUAGACAGCUCUGAAAGGGAGUCAGUGAGAAGGAACCUUUCCGGCCCUGGCAAUGACCUACAUCAAGAUUCCUUUUACAAUAUGCAACCCUCACAAUCCUCUAAAUCUUGGAGCAGCCAUUUAGACCAGAGGUGCGCUAAGAGCCUCAGGUCGGGCGGCCCUAGCCAAAGUCCUCCUGCUCCCUGUCGUCCCUGCUCUAUCCCAAUUAUCCCCUCUGUCCACUCCUACCAGGAUGAGGUCUCGUGUAUGCAAACAGCUCCUACUGAUGGAAGCAGCAGUUCUAGUCCUCUGAAAAGCACAGCUGAUGCUUCAGCUGUCAGUCAACAGUCCAACAUAAUGGUCUCCAACCAAAUGGCUGGUAGACGGAAGGAAGUGACCUCACUACUUGACGAGGCUCAGGAUCAACUCAGAGCACUAGCACUUGCCCAGAGGAAACAGGAGGACAUCAGUAGCUCUUUCCCUCAGGGGGCCAAAGAGACUGUGUGCAUUCUUUUAGCAAAUGGGGGUGGACAAGGGGGAGUGGCCUCUUUUGGGCCCACGGAGACUCAGUUAAUGAGCCCUAGUGACAUGCACAAAGAUGCCACAGAGCCUGGCCAAUGAGAAGGAGUUGACAGGUCUAACCACAAAUGUGUGUGUGUCUUGGGGCUUCAUAAUACUUUGCCAAAACUGGUAUACCACGGAAAGCUACCAUUGACUUUCUGAGGACCUGCUGUGAGUAGAAGCGUGGGAGAGUGACAGUCCUGAACAUGUGAAAAGAUAAUUUAUUUAUAUGCAUUUAUUUAAGGAGAAACUUCUACUUAGAUAAAGAAACCAAAUAGUCUGUCAUCUCCAUGGUGUUUUUAACUGUAUAAAUAUAUAUAAAUGGAUAUAAAUAUAUGAAUUCAAACUGGUGACCAAGUAAGAAAAAACGGAAUAUGGGAAUAAGAAACUUUCUUUUGUAACGUCUCAGCUCCACAUCCUUAAAGACUCAAUGCCCGAUGGUUAAAAAAAAAAAAAAGGAGUUUGUCCACUUGUUUCACUCAUUUCUAGUCAAGUUAUAUUCAAUCUUGUGUUUUGCACCUGCAGCAGCCGUGUUUACUAUCACAGUCCCGGUCACUGUCCUCUACCCUGCCAAGGAAUAUGGCUCCAUCUGCCUUUGAAAACAGUGGAAUGUGGAUUACAAUUGGACUAAACUUCUAAACGCUAAUCGUAUCCAGGCACGAGGUAACUGAUAGUUAAGCACUGCCUCCAAGACAUCCAUUGGAAGAAUUUGAUGUGUCCGUCCAUUUGUGGAGCAAUCUGCAUUUUGUUUUUCUGUGCCUCUGUGCGUUCUCUCCUUCAUUUGGGUUUGGAUAUGAGUAAAGAUAAGCUAAUGGAACAGA